CAAACAACUAUAUUCUCAAAAAUAAUACAUGUUCUAAAUUUAGGGGCAGCUGACGCAUCGCGUCUUAGGACCCAAAAUCUGUGUGGCACAUUUCAAAUUUUCAAAACAAACGAGUCGCGCCUGUCAACAGUCAUUAGCUGAUGGAAUGAACACGGAACUGCUUCGUUUACCACUUAUGUAAUUUUUAUACAUGUAGCGUUUAAAAAAACAUCGAGUUGAUAUGUGUUUCAAUUUUACCACAAUAUUGCACGCGCCUUUGAAAGAAGCUCAUGUGUCUGCACCGUUAGACAAUCGUUAUUUAACAACAGAGUCGUUUAUCGGACAAUAGUCGGAUCAGAUCAAUAUUUGUAAAGGCCGAAGAGAUGGAAGCACAGGCGGUAUCAUCUGAAUGUUCAAACAGUGCAGCGAAAGCUCCCUCCAUCGAGGAGUUUGUGCUGGUCAAACCCAUCAGUCGAGGAGCCUUUGGGAAGGUCUACCUCGCCAGAAAGAAAUGCAACUCCAAACUCUACGCAAUCAAGGUGGUGAAGAAAGCAGACAUGGUGGAUAAAAACAUGACCGAUCAGAUGAGAGCUGAGAGAGAUGCUCUGGCUCUCAGUAAAAGUCCUUUCAUUGUGCACCUGUUUUAUUCCCUUCAAACAGCAACCAAGGUCUAUCUGGUGAUGGAGUAUCUGAUCGGAGGAGACGUGAAAUCUUUACUUCACAUCUACGGAUACUUUGACGAAGACAUGUCUUUAAAAUUCACGUCAGAGGUCGCACUUGCUCUGGAUUACCUUCAUAGACACGGCAUCAUUCAUAGGGACCUGAAACCAGACAAUAUGCUCAUCUCUAAUGAGGGCCACCUUAAACUCACAGACUUUGGGCUUUCUAAAGUCAAACUUGACAGGGAGCUGAACCUGACGGAUAUUUUAACCACACCAUCCUUGAUGAAACCUAAGAAAGAUUAUUUCAGAACACCGGGUCAAGUUUUGUCAUUAAUAAGCUCACUUGGUCUCAAUACUCCAGUAACCGAGGGAAAACGUAACAGCAGCACGGGGUUUGGCAGCCCCAUGUCCUGUGGGAAAGUCAAAAAGAGGAACAGUUUUCUAUGUUCACCACAACUGAAGAAAAGAGUCGAGUACAUGAAUUCUCCAGUAUGCUCCGCCCAAGCUAUAGGUUCCAACAAUGUGUUCAGUCCUGGCAUGUUGGGUAAGAGUUUGACACCAAGGCUGAUGAAAUCAAGGAGGAGAUUUGGGACACUAAGUGUCGGAAGCGCAUCGUAUCUGUUACCAUCCACUACAGAUUCUGAGGACUGUGUCAGCCCCAUGUGGGAGGAUGAACAGAAAUUACACGACGGUGAGAAUCUUCCUCAUUUAAGUGAAAAAGAAGCUGGGAAUGGGAAGGUAAGGGAUAUUCCCCUAACACCCGUGGAAAGGAAGAUGCUUGCGACACGAGCUCGAGAUCACAGCAGUGUUUUAACUUCACUUGAUAACCUAAUGGAUCAUGGAAGAAAUAUUAAAGCAGAUAUUUCUGCAAAGAGACUCCAGUUCAAUGCAACCAACCACUGUGCCACACCUUUGGGUGAGUCGGUUCCCCGUCAGUCAGCUGGGGACGGUCUCGUCAACCCAGAGUCACAAAUGGAGCCUAAAUCCUCAUUGAAGAGAGGCUUUGAAGAAGUAGAAAAAAGCCCAGAGCAAGCUGAAAGCCAUUCCAAGAAGAACGAUGCUGUCUACAAGAGGUGUUUCCAGAUUCCUGAGAGCACUUCGAUAGCCCACACGGGCCUGACGGGAAUUUUCUCCAAUGUUGGACUGGAUGACAAUAAAAGCGGUCCAAUAUGUCAACAGUUGAGCGAGAGAAUGGGUCCAAAGCAGUCCAGCCCCGUUGCCAAAACUCUCUUUUGCGACCUGGAAGAUCAAGACGAUGAUCAGAAAGCAGAAGCCUCGCUGACCUCACCGCGAAAUAUCAGGAGUUUGGACUCGGAUGACUCGGCUCAUGAAAUGUCAUUGGCCGGUAACACGCCUCAAAAAGCCACAGACGGCAAAAAAAAAGCUUUGUCGUCCUCUUUCGUGGAACUGGAUGAGAACCAGAUUUCUGCAGUCACACCGGUGGCCCGACCGGCGAUGGCCACGCCAAAACACAGCAGCGCUAAACAGCUGAGAGGUGAAUUUGAUGGUUGUCUUAUUGACCACGGGUUAUCCAGCAGUAUGCUCAAAUCUCCAGGAUUCCUCAAACCCAAGAACGUAGUUGCGUUCAGAAGCUACUGCAGCUCUAUAAACCGCUCAUCUAAUUCACAUCUCAGCCUGGUGUCAUUGGAUGGGAUGGAGACGUCCACUUCAGCUUCAUUUUACAGCGCUGCGUCUGCUGUGACUCCAGUCCAGAAGAAAAGACCCAGUCUGAAUAGCUCACUUUACCAGACUCCACAGCAGAUGGUGAUGUCUCAUACUCCUUAUAGGACACCAAAGAGUGUCCGUCGAGGUCCAGAACGUGUGGAAGGGGCUCCUAUCCUGGGAACUCCUGAUUAUUUGGCACCGGAACUUUUGUUGGGCAAACCUCAUGUUCCAGGGUCUAUUGGAUGCGAUUUCAUGGUGGAUUGGUGGGCUUUAGGGGUCUGUCUGUUUGAGUUCCUCACUGGAGUUCCUCCCUUCAAUGAUGAGACUCCUCAGCUGGUCUUCCAGAACAUUCUUAACAGAGACAUACCCUGGCCGGAUGGCGAUGAGGAGUUAACCCAGAACGCAAGAAAUGCAAUCGAGAGUCUUCUCACCAUGGAUUCAACCAAACGUGUCCGCUUGAAAGAACUGAAGGAUCAUGCGUUCUUUGAGGGUGUGGAUUGGGAAAAUCUUCACACUCAGGAAAUGCCGUUCAUCCCUCAGCCCACUGAUGAGACGGACACUUCAUAUUUUGAGGCGAGAAACACAGCUCAACACCUCACUGUAUCAGGCUUCAGUCUGUAAAAACACACAAACUGUAACACUGGUGGACUAUUUCAUCAUCAUGAUUAUGUGCAAUUGUGUCGCGCGUGCCAUCGUUUGCCUUAAUUCCAUGUUUUACUAUAAUGUCUCUGUGUCUAUGUUAUAAAAUAUGCUGGGUUAGUGUCAGAAAGCAUUCUGGAAUGCAGCGAGAUGGGCAUUUUACCCGUAUGCACAUACACGUAACCAUGACUUAUGGUUUGUAAAAAAUAUAUAUGUAUUAUGUAAAACUAAUGUUUGGACUUCAUAAUAUGUGAACAUGGAUUGAAAUCAUAGUUUUUAACUACUGUUUUCUUGAAAACUGUGUUUGUUAAACUGAUAUUUUAACAUGCUAAAUGUUUUAAAGUGUCUGCAGUGAUUGUGGUUGUGGUUCUGGACAUAUUCAUUAUCAUUGAACCAUACAUGACAUCUUUUAAUAACUUCAAGCUAAAUAAAAUAAAUACAGUUGUCA